AGGAACACAGCGCAGGCAGACACCCAAACCGCAUCCUUAUUGGGAUGCUGUUCGUCAGCGUCUCUGUGCCCCGGACGGAGUGGGCUGAGCCCGGCCCGUGGCUGCUGCGGCGGAAGCGCGGGGUGACCCCGGGCGGGCGGGCGGCCGCGGUCUCCCGGCAACGGGGACGCGGAGCGCGAUGGAGGCGCUGUCGCUGCCCGCGGCGCUGUCGCUGGUGGCCGGCGGCGGCGCGGGGCUCAGCCCGGAGCGGAGGGCGGCGCUGGGCGCCUCGCUGCCGCUGCUGCAGCGCGACUACCGCUUCGAGCGGGUCUGGUUCUGGGGCUGCAUCCAGGGCGUGCGCGGCGCCUACUACAUCGCCGAGGGGCUGGGCCCCGACCGCGCCGCGCCCCGCAGCCGCCUGUACAGCUUGAACUGCUUGGACUGGAGCCUCCUGACGCCAGCCACCGAGGAGAUGCUUGCACUGGCUGAGGAGGUGAAGGGCCGCUUUCAGGGGGAUCCUUCUUUUGAGUACAGCUUGGCUGAGAUAAACGCAGAAGCUGCUGCAAGACUGGUUCAAAAUGGUAAAGAGCCUGUGAUGAAGGAGGAGGCCCGCCUCACAGCUACGAUUGAAGAGAUAGACAGAGCAGUUGGCAUCGUCCCCCGGGGGGCAUUUGUGAAGACUCCUCUUGGGUCUGUGCAUGAAAACAGACACUUUGAAGGUCUGUCUUUGGCGGAGGCAAAAAAGUUAAGUUCCUAUUUCCAUUUCACUGAGCCUGCUAACCUGAAGAAUAAAACCCUGCUGGAAAAGGCUGACCUGGACCCAUCCACCGACUUUCUAGAUUCUCUGGAGCAUGAUAUCCCACGAGGUAAAGGCUCCUGGAGUAUCCAGCUGGAGAAGGGAGGCACUGUGGUGGUGCUGCGGAGCCUGCUGUGGCUGGGACUGACAUUCUACCAUGUCCCAAUGACCAAGCAAUUUGGCUACGUCUACUUCGGCACUGGUGAGAAGAAUCUCGAUCUGCCCUUCAUGCUGUGACUCUUGUGUCUGGGAGAAGGAUUCAAGAACUAGGAAAGAUUUACAUUUUAUACUUAGGAAAUUUUGUUUAGUGGUUGUUCUAAUAAAAAUGUGAAACCUCUGCACUUUGAGCAGGAUUCUUCUGUGCCUGGAUGCUGGCCCUGAUUCUUUUCCUAGGACUUCAUUGUAUGCAAUCCUCCCUGAACUCCAGAUGGAAUUCAGAGAAUCACAGAAUAUUCUGAGUUGGAAGGGACGCACAAGGCUCGUCGAUUCCAGCUCUUAAGUGAAUGGCCCAUAUGGGGAUUGAACACAACUUUGGCGUUAUUAGCCCCAAGCUCUCCCUGUAAUGUGUCAUUGCGGAUCUUUUAGAUAGUAACAAAUGGCAUUUUCUUCCCUGACAGGCAAGCUCUAGGUCAGAAAUCAAACCUAGGCCAUCUGUCUGAUUACAAAAGCACCUUGCUUACACAAGAACUAAUUUGGAAACAUGAAUGAAUACCUGCUGUCAUCUAUGAAUGACAAAAGCAGAGGGAGUCAGGGUAGAAAGCUGAUGUAUACUGUAGGAGUUUUGUAUUGAACCCUGAACUCUAGAAAGGCAUACUGAAGAGAGUAUUUUGCUUUUCAGAUGUUAAGAUUUCACCAAAAUGAGAGGGGUCUUUCCAGCUCCUGUGACUUAACUGUAGGAAAAAAAUAGCUGUAGGGAUCACCUGGUCUUGAAAAAUGUGCUUUUUUAUGUUCAUCUCAAGACAAUGCUUUAAUCCAGUGACUUUUCCUUUAGCAAAGCUCACUGAGCAGAGCUACCUGAGCUAGAAGACAGAGUAACUUCUGUAUGUAUGAGAAUAAAGAAAAAUAUUUUCCUUUCUGAAGGGCUGUAGCUUUCAAAGCUUUAUAAAACAGAUACAGUCAGCCAGAGAUUUUAUCUCAGUAUGGUUAAUGAAGUCUUGGCUCUGUCUCUCAAAGCAAAAGGUCUUGGCCAGCUUAAGGGGCUGAAUCUAGGGCUUUUAUUUCACAAAAUAAGGCUAAAAAGAACCAUUUAAAUCUAAUUUGAUUUCCUGGAUAAUACAGGUUUAUCCUUACCUUUUGUUCCUGUCCAUGCUGAUGGUAUUAGCAGAUGAUUCCAAUAAAAGCAAUACAAGGUUAAUUGGCAUAGUAGUACAUAAAAAUUUUGUAUUGAUUUGUAGCCCCCAGAUAAAUACCAAAGAAAUGGAGCCAAAACAAUAAUGACCAUGAUAAAUUUAAUGAGCCUUUCAUACUAGGCCCAUAAUUAGCAAUGGUCAGUAGGUGGAAGAUCUGUAUGUGUACUACACAGGGAGAGAAAUGGUGGCACCUUUUAGUUACAGGAUGGAUAAUCAGUUCCAAACUAUCCCAGGAAGCAACCAUAUCACUGACAUGGAAGAUUUAUGAAAAAUUUAUUUGCCGGGGGAAAAAAAAAACAGGCGGUCAUCAAGGAUGUCAACACUGUGUAUUUGCCAGAUUCAGGAGUGAAGCACAAGCCAAGAAUUCUUAAGGGGACAUGUAAGACACACACCUGUUUGCCACUGCCACAGGUGUUCUGCUGAAAAUUAUGGAUAGUACAGAUGAUAAUAAUAAAAAAAUUUAAUUUCAGUAGUCAGGAACAAUUUCUGUUACUGCUGAGAAAAUACAGUGCUGCAGAGAAAUUUUUCUUCCAUCUGUGUCACAGGUACAAAAGCCCAAAUGAGGCCAAUCUGAGUUGAAACCCACGUUAAUGGGGAAACACCACUCACUGCUGGGAAGAGAAGGAAACAUCCUUUUCCAAACCUAUCUGUGGAACAUAAAGAAACAAAAGCCUACAGAUCCUUUCUGGCUUUGAGGUAGAAGUCUUUGACCCUUGCCUUCGUCAAAUCAUCCUGCACACUGAACUUUGCUUUGAUGGUUCUUGUAUUCUCCUAGAGGAAAAGAUCACAGCUGGACACAAUAUAGAGUACUAAAGACAAUUUUGGAAUAAGAAAAUUGAAGAUAUUGACAAACUUGAAAAAAACCCCAGCAGAAUAGUGGACAACAUGUGCUUACUGACUAUGCUAGUUCUAGCCACUAGUGGUUUAAACAGAGAG